UCUAAGAAUGUGUGAUCGCUUCAUCACCUAGUCACUUGUUACAUAAUCUUUUUGGGGGUUUAUUUUGCGGUGUGUUGAUUUUAUAUGACGUUUAGGCGACUGCUGCAGUUCAAGGCUAGUCGUGUAACUGUUAGGACUUAAUAUACUAUGCACAUCUGUGGAGUGGGUGUUUGUGAAUGCAUUUACGACUUUAGUUUUGGAUAAUAACGAGAAUGGAAUUUUAGUGCUUCCUUUAAUUCGGAGAAAAUUUGUUUUGUGACAGUUGUGCAAAAACAAGGUUUUUAUCACCAGAAAAUUAUUACAAAAGAGAAUUUAUUGAAUCCAACAAAGUAUCAGGGGAAGGCAUCUUGAUCUUAUUUUUGUGAUUUUCUGUCGUCCCUGAAUACAAACCUAGUUACACUCUGGAUGGAAGUGUGUGCUAGGGAGACACAUUGCAUCUUUCACCCAUAUUUCUACAUUUAGUCUCUGUGAUAAUUAUGAAAUACUGAGAAAGGCUCUCCAUUUAUAGCAAAGAAAUAGAAGGUUACGAGGAAUAUUUCUGAUGAGAACCAGUUCUUUGCAUGAAUUGAAAUUGAAUAAUUAAAGAAAGAAGUUAACUUGCCCUGUGCUCACAGAUACACACAAACGGUGCCCAAUUGAUAAGAAGACUUUCUGAUGUUAUAUCCACAAAUACAUAAAAAACACAGUUUAGACAAGAUGCUUAACUUCGAAUCGUUGCAACAACGCCGUAGUAUGAGAAAAACUCAUAAAGGAUAAGGUCGAAAUUCCUCGACGAAAAUGAAGUCAAUUCCCUCGAGGCUGUUGAAAAGGGGUGGAGAAUAUGUAAAUAAUAUUCGGGUCUUAUCUUCCUGAGUAAAAGUUCGGAUCCCACCGUCUGGAUGCGCAAUAUCAUAUGUCUCUAGCGUGGUUUGGACAUAUGCGAAACACAUCACCACUUCGUUCCCUAGCCACGUUGGCAUAAAACAUUUCUUUCCUAGAUCUGAGGAUGGCUUGUUGGCAGAACUAAUGAUAUGAUCUAAAAAUACGCAUUCGGUACAGCAUUGCCGCCAGUUAAAUUACUUCACCAUAUUCCAUGUGAACAACAAAAAGUCAACUUGCCAAAAUUACAUUGCAAAAUCAACACGCGUCCAAAACGCUUUCAUAUGUUUAUGGUAUUUAUAUAAGAAAUUAUUAUGAGCGAUUUAAGUAUACACUUGAAGUAUUGGAAUAUAAUUAUGGUCAAUGCAAUGACCAAAUGAGCAGAUAGUACAUUAUUGAAUGAAUGUCGUCGCACAGUCUGUGGUUUCGAUGCAUUAUCUCAUUGAAAAACGUAAAAUCUGGAUUUCAAUAACAGAAACUAAAUCACCGUGAAUUUAAUGUCAAUGUUAUCGUCCUAAUAAAUAUUCACAAGUGAAUGAAAAAAGCUGUAUAGUAGUUUAUGAAACAAUGUACGCUAGAAUAAGCAAAGUACUUGGUUUUAGAGGUUUAAAAGCUUCAGCCGCUUUCGUAGUGGACAUUGAACGGAUUGUAAAUGAAUUAAGAUAGCAAAGUAUAUGCGCAACAGAGACUUUAGCGUGUCUUUGCCUAUGGAGUGAAGAAUAUUCCUAUUGAGAAUGUAAUAUUGGUUUUUGUACGAGUGAAAAACAAGAGAAACUAUUCGUUGUUUAAAUUACUGGAUUUUGGGUGGCUUACCGCAUUGAAUAAACCGAAGGUAUUACACGAUUAGUUUACUGUUAUUGAACAUGGACUGCGCAUGUAUUACGAAAACAAGUAAUUAAAGGGUUAAACGUUCAUUAUAGACUUUCUUAACAACGCGGUCCAGUGCAAAACAAAGACAAGGACUAGUCUUAAGCGUUCACUAAUGCAAUGGAUUUUGGAAUAAUUCAAUACUUAUUGAAAUGGAACAUUAAUUUAAAGGCAGAGUUGGUUUCUGUUUGAGAUUUACAAACGGAAGUGUGAAACUGGACAUCAAAAUUCAUGUUUAAUCUGGAAACAUCUAUUUGAAAAACGGAUUGAUUGCUAGUUUUAAUGUCGUAAUACGUGUGUUAAAUAUCUAAACUUUAUGAAAGUGGAUUACCUACAUGGUUCUACCGUCUCGAAUAUAACUUUAUUCACUUAAAUAAAUAGUUGGAUCAUUUUUUCUAUAAAUGAGCGAAAGUCUGCAAAGCAGAAGAAUUUAUGAAUCAGGAAAGAUGCAAUGUUCCGAAAAAUGAAUACGAAAAGAAACUUUUGACAUCAAGUUAGCAUUCAUGAAUUCGAUCUUCCAUUCAAUCAAUGCAACUGAGCAUAUUGACAAAUAUGAAGGAAACCUAUGAAUAAUUCUUGUGUCGUUAGAGCCUACAUCGCCUAUGUGAAAUGAAGCAGAGCUAAGGGAUAACCCCUCACAAAAACUCUAUAAUGUGUCCCAUGCAGGUGGCAUGAAUUUUGUGAAACUUCGUUUGGCAAAAGGAUAAAGGUGUGGGGAAAGGAACUUGGUGAGAACAGGACUAUUUAUCAACGCAUGUCUGAAGCGUUAGAACGUGUAAACAUGCACUGCGGCAUCUUCUUACAUUCGGUUCAGCGAAUAUUUGUGCAGUCGUACUGUUUUUGACGUUUGGAUUAAAUCGUAAAUUACGUAACAUCAACGGACAAGAAUUGUCCUCAGCGUUAUGGAAUCAGCGGCUCCGGUGCAUGUUAUUGGAUUAAACGGUGUUCAAUCUGUCAAUAUAAAUGCAACAAACCUAACGGAUUAUAUGAGCUUUAAUUUCACAGAAACAACGGUUACUAACGCAACUAACGUCACGAAUGCGUCAGGUGAUGAACCGGAAAAUGCGUACAAAGUUUGGCAACAAGCGCUUAUAUCUAUAGCGCUAGGAAUUAUUAUAAUUGGAACUAUAAUCGGUAAUUCGUUAGUAUGCAUAGCAGUUGCGAUUGUUAAACGUUUACAAUCGCCGUCAAAUUUGUUGAUUGUGUCGCUGGCUGUGUCAGACCUUCUUGUUGCCGCGUUGGUUAUGCCAUUUGCGGCUGUCUAUGAAUUAUUGGGAUAUGAAUACUGGCCGUUUAAUGACGGAUUGUGUGAUUUCUUUACAUCAUCUGACGUGAUCAUGUGUACGGCAUCCAUUCUGAAUCUGUGUAUGAUCAGUAUAGAUAGAUAUUUUGUCAUUACACGACCAUUUCAAUAUGCUAUUAAAAGAACUCCUGCUCGCAUGGCAAUAAUGAUCGCAGCUGUUUGGUCUCUCUCAGUUCUUAUAUCAAUACCACCUAUGUUUGGUUGGAAAGAUGAUCGCCCACCUGGAACGUGUUUUAUCAGUCAAAAAAUUGGAUACCAAAUCUAUGCAACUGUUGGAGCCUUCUAUAUGCCUCUGAUAGUGAUGAUUGUCAUUUACUUCCGUAUAUGGCUGGUCUCGUCACGCAUCAUGAAGCAGGAGAAACAUUCAAAACUCGGGAGCAUCGAUCGUGGAAAUGAAGUGAUUAAUCUGUCUCAUAAAUCAUCACGUAGCAGCGGUGCAAGUGAUCAUUUGCAUAUUCCUAAUGGUACGUUGAAAAACGGUUUCGGAGAUCACGACGACGCGACAGCUGAAAUGCUACCACCUAAACAACCGGCUUUGGCCAAAAGGCGGUUCACGUUGAAAUCCUUAAUUUCUAGAAAUACCACCAAAAACUCUUCUUCUCGCGAGAGAAAAGCCACAAAAACUUUGGGAAUUAUUAUGGGCGGUUUUACGCUUUGUUGGCUUCCGUUUUUCAUCGUUGCUGUAAUUCGCCCCUUUGUUGGCGAAAACACCAUUCCGUUUCAACUUAUCUCUUGCCUAACGUGGCUUGGAUACUGUAACUCUUUUAUGAAUCCAAUAAUUUAUGCGAGAUUUAACCGAGAGUUCAGAACACCCUUUAGAGAAAUUUUGUGCUUUAGGUGUCGGGGAAUAAACUUGAGAUUGCGAAGUGAAAGUUACGUGGAACAAUAUGGCCCGGACCAGGUUUACCACCGAGAGAGGGACAGGGAUAGUUUAAGACCUCCACGGGACUCUGUAGUGCGCUAUAACAGUCAUGGCCACACCCAUGUGCAUGUUGGUAACGGCAACAAUCGCCUAGGUGAAACCAAGAUUUGACAUUGUAAUAUACGACGAUUGUGGGCAUCAAAUGCGCAUGUCGAUUGCUUCGCCUAUAUAAUAGUUCCGCCUUUCAAUGUUCUGCAGGACUUAUUCGCCGAUGGAUAGUGUAGAAAGCGGAACACACGUCUGUUAAAUGGCUGGUCUAAAAUAAGUGCUUUAGAAAUUAUGAAAAGUGAACAUGGGACCGAGAACUGUCUCAACCAUGGUAUGGUGUUCCGACAAUAAAAUUGGGUGGAGUAUAUCUGUUUGUUUUAAGUCUAAAUUGUAAGCAAAAAUGCAAACAGGGAAUAUGCACCGCACUGUUUUUUUAAACUCAUUAAAUGUCAAGCAUAGUAAAUACUAUGCAAUCAAUCUUGAGGUGUAAAUCUUUAUCUCGACACCAUUCUUUAAACAGGGUAUGUGUUUUAAGAUGGUGCAGAAAAAUGUGAUAUAACCGAGCAAUACGUUCUUUAAUCGUUUUUAUGUUUUUAAGAUAUUUUUCAAACUGUUAAUUGAUGAAUUGUUUAAGGGUUCACUGAUUUUGAUGCUAACAUUGGACAUUGUCUCUCAUUUAAAACCCAUACGUACCUGUGUACGUUUAUUGUAGUUCCUGUCUGUAAAUGGUACAAGCGUUGUUUUUGCCAUCUGUUACUUUAGUACAUUACAUUGCCAUUUCAUGAAGAUUACCCUUAUACAUGUGUACUAUACAUGCAUUUUAAGUUAUUACACAAUUUGUAAUCUGUCAAAGAAUCUGUAAAUGUUGUUGUAUGCUAUUAGAACGAUUUAAAUUGUACAAACCGCUAAGUCUGAAAUACGAAAAGGAUAUUGAAUUGUUAAGUACCACUAUAAUUAAUAUUUAGAGAGUGCUAAACUAGUUUAGACCGAAAAUAAUAAUCCUAGUUUCCAUUCUUGCCUUGUCCAUAUGCCAUAUUUGUAUGAGAAAUGCUUUUAACACUUUAGUAUGGACAUUUUAUUUCAGAAAUUUAAAAAUACUGUCACGCAAUAUACAUGUUUAUUAUUAUUAUUAUUAUUAUUAUUAUUAUUAUUAUCGAGACUAAACUAGCUGACACUAAAAACCGAUGGUCACAUUUAUUUAUGAUUUGUAUAUGUAUUAAAACAUUUAUGAGAUUAAUGUUAGGAUGUUUAUAGUAUUCUAUGGAUAGCCAUUAUGUUAAACUGUAAAUACUUAGCAUAAUAAUUUAUUGGCUGCAGGUUAAAACUUAUUUGAACCCUGAGAUGAAUAGUUCAGUCUUUAUGUCUAGGAUUUUUGUCCAUAGUUAUAUAUAGUUCAUUCUAUUUUAAGCAAUCUUAAUACGAUUAAAUUCAAUUACAUUUAAAAUGUAUAAGUCUUUCCAAAAUUUAUGUUGAAAAUGCAGAUCUCAGUACUGAUUUAAUCAGAUAUUAUUGUGAUUUAAAAUCACCAUGAACGACUUAAAACAUUUAAACCUGUGACCUUUGGGAUUAUGGCGGUGAAAAUAAAAUAAUAACUAUAUAUAAUAGCUCACCGUGACGUUGUAAGUAGUUAAAUCUGUUUGAAAAUAAUGAAUACGUUUUCGUUACACAAGAAAAUAUUGCGUACCUUGAUCAAUUUAAAGCUAGACGAAAUGGUAUCUUCUACCCAAUGCAACAAACUGGUUGAUAUAGGUCCUAGACGAACGGGUCUCUUCUACCCAAUGUAACAGACUGGUGACGUAUAGGACCUAGACGAAUGAUCUCUUCUACCCAAUGUCACAGACUGGUGGCCUAUAGGACCUAGACGAAAAGGUCUCUUCUACCCAAUAUAACAAAUUAGUUUCCUAUAGGACCUAGACAAAAUUGUUUCUUCUACCCAAUGUAACAGACUGGUGGCGUAUAGGACCUAGACGAAUGAUCUCUUCUACCCAAUGUCACACACUGGUGGCCUAUAGGACCUAGACGAAAAGGUCUCUUCUACCCAAUAUAACAAAUUAGUUUCCUAUUGGACCUAGACAAAAUUGUUUCUUCUACCCAAUGUAACAGACUGGUGGACUAUAGGACCUAGACGAAAUGGUCCCUUCUACCUUAUGUUACCUACUGGUUCACUAUAGGACCAAGACAAAAUAUUCUCUUCUACCCAAUGUAACAGACUAGUUUCCUAUAGGACCAAGACAAAAUGGUCUCCUCUACUAAAUGUAACAGACUGGUUUCCUAUAGGACCUAGACGAAAUAGUCUCUUCUACCCAAUGUAACAGACAGGUUACAUAUAGGACCUAGACGAAAUAGUCCCUUGUACACAAUAUAACAGGCUGGUUUCCCCAGGACCUUGACAAAAUGGUUUCUCUUACCGAAUGCAAGGAACUGUUUUCCAAAUGGACCUAGACAAAAUAGUCACUAACAGACUGGUUUCCUAUUGAACAUAGACGAAAUAGUCUAUUCUACCAAAUGUUACAGACUGGUUUCUUAUAGAACCUAUACAAAAUGGUUUCUUCUACCCAAUGUAACAGACUGCUUUCCUAAAGGACCUAGACGAAAUGGUUUCUCCUACCAAUGUUAGGAACUGUUUUCCAAAAGUCCUAGACAAAAUAGUCACUUAAACUCAAUUUAACAGACUGGUUUCCUAUUGAACAUAAACGAAAUAGUCACUUGUACCAAAUGUUACAGACCGGUUUCCUAAAGGACCUAGACGAAAUGGUCUCUUCUACCUAAUGUAACAGACUGGUUUCCUGUAGAACCUAGACGAAAUAGUCUUUUCUACCAAAUGUAACUGACUGGUUUCCUCAAUGACCUAGACGAAAUGGUCUCUUCUACCCAAUGUAACAGACUGGUUUCCUAAAGGAUCUAGCCGAAAUGGUCUCUUCUACCAAAUGUAACAGACUGGUUCCAUAAAGGACCUAGACGAAGUGGUAUGUUCUACCUAAUGUAACAGACUGGUUUCCUGUAGAACCUAGACGAAAUAGUCUCUUCUACCUAAUGUAACACACUGGUUUCCUAAAGGACCUAGACGAAAUGGUCUCUUCUACCUAAUGUAACUGACUGGUUUCCUGUAGAACCUAGACGAAAUAGUAUUUUCUACCAAAUGUAACUGACUGGUUUCCUAAAGGACCUAGACGAAGUGGUAUCUUCUACCUAAUGUAACAGACUGGUUUCCUGUAGAACCUAGACGAAAUAGUCUCUUCUACCUAAUGUAACACACUGGUUUCCUAAAGGACCUAGACGAAAUGGUCUCUUCUACCUAAUGUAACAGACUGGUUUCCUGUAGAACCUAGACGAAAUAGUAUUUUCUACCAAAUGUAACUGACUGGUUUCCUCAAUGACCUAGACGAAAUGGUUUCUUCUACCCAAUGUAACAGACUGGUUUCCUAAAGGAUCUAGCCGAAAUGGUCUCUUCUACCAAAUGUAACAGACUGGUUCCAUAAAGGACCUAGACAAAGUGGUCUCUUCUACCCAAUGUAACAGACUGGUUUCCUAAAGGAUCUAGACGAAUCGUUCUCUUCUAGCCAAUGUAACAGACUGGUAUCCUAAAGGAUCUAGACAAAAUGGUCUCUUCUACCCAAUGUAACAAACUUGUUUCCUAAAGGACUUAGACAAAUUGGUUUCUCCUACCCAAUUUAAGGAACUUUUUUUCCAAAAGUACCUAUACAAAAUGGUCUCUUCCAUCCAUCUAGGGUUGCCUACAAUAAUCUAGACGCAAUGGUUUUUUACCCAAUGUUAGAGACUGCUUUCCUACAGAAAUCUUGACGAAGUGGUAUCUUCUACCGAUUCAUAUUUCGCGUCUCAUUACCCACUCACAAUGAUGGCUAAUUAAGAACAAGCAUAAAAUAUAAAAACAUCAAAAACCAAGGGACAUCGCAGCGAAUGUAGUAUUUAUAAUACAUAUAGUAUAGAUCGUAAGUAAGUAGACAAUUUAAGCCUAUUGAUUCUACUGGUAAAUUCAUUUAAGGCAUAAGUAUCAAAUAUCUAUAAUAGGAAUUGUGUGUUUUGGAUCGGUCUUAAAAUACUUUCAAUAGUUUGAAUCAGUGUGUCUCUUUGACGGGGUUACUUUUUUAAUGCAAAAUUACAGACGAGAGAAAGGCAAAAGUCUGUAAUUUUCCAAUUACCUCUAAGACAGUAAGUUGGUUUGCGUGAGACACUAUUGCAAUCAGAUAAUCUAGCCUGUUCAUGUUCACAAUAAAUGUUGUAUCUCGUUACUUCUCUAAGCUGUUUUGAGCAAUUGAAAAGUAUUAAAUAUCAAGGUCACAUUUAAAUAAGCGUUUUACUCGUUUCAUUCAUUUAAAUACAAAAUAGUUUUUAGUGUUGGUCAAUGUGUAUGGUUAAGUGUACAAUGUAGGUCAAUGUGUAUGGUUAAGUGUACAAUGUAGGUCAAUGUGUAUGGUGAAGUGUACAAUGUAGGUCAAUGUGUAUGGUUAAGUGUACAAUGUAGGUCAAUGUGUAUGGUUAAGGGUACAAUGUAGAUCAUUUUAACAGUGCAAUUUUAACAUUUCUGUAGGCCCGCUUUCCUUUUUUAAAUAUGAAUAUACAUAUUGGCAUCAUCAAAAAUGAAUUGAAAUAAAAGUUUCACUCUUCAAAUCACUUUUUUUCAGAAACUCCCAUUUAAUAAGUUGGUGCAAAACAUAAACUCUGGACAAAUAGAUUCUCAAAAGCAAGCACCGAUGAUACUUCUAAUCAUGACUUAAUCGCGUGUGCGUUUGAAGCUUUUUAAAGUCUAACCUUGUUUUUAGGAAGUAAGUACUGUUUUAAAGAUAAUUCAGCAGUUCAAUUAAUUACGGUAAUUUAUUCGUCUUCUCGCACGGAACCAGAGUAGGAUUUUCUUGGAAGUUGGAAGUUUUUAGUUAUUGUCGCAAAUCGUUUAUCGUAUCGUUUAAGUGAAUGUCAAGAAAAUUCGAUUCUCAUUUUGUUUAUUUUGUUCGUAAAUUUGUAAUUUAAUUGAAAUUUACGAUUUUUAUUGUGCACGAUCAUUUGAUUGGCAGUGUGUAUAUGAUAUUAAAUGCAACAGUUUCAUGCCAGAAUCAUAUUGAUUGAUGACGGCUACAAGAACAUACUUUAUAAAGAUUCACUGUUCGAAAAGUUUAUUGAAUGUAUAUAAAAUUGUAUGCAGGAGUUCUGAGGCGUACUAAUGCGACGUUACGAGCGGAAAAAAUUACACGCCUAAACGAGUGAAUUUAUGUUCGUAUAAAUUCAAAAACGAUUUUAGAACGUACUCUUAAAACCUGUCAAAUGGCUCGUUUAAUCAAUCAUAUGCAUCUAUUUAUCGCAAAGUUGAGAAAAAUCAUUGACAAUAAAAAAUUGAAAUAUAACUGCUAUCAUCUUUUCUAGAUAAUUCGCGUGAACGAAAAUUGUAUAGAAUUAGAAACUGGCGUGGCGUCACUUCAAAUGCAUUUAUGAAAAUGACGGCAUGUUCCGCAUGUAUCCAUAUUGACGUUCGAUGGAAGUGUCGAAGAGGUUCUGGAGACCAAUAGAAGUAAUCCCGCAAAUAUAACACACACAAUAAGAACAGUGCACUCACUUGCUAAUGAAUGAUAUUAGGCGAUUGUGAAUAAUAUAAAUAUAAAGAGACUUAAAUUAACGUAUGUUAUGAGCACUAGCAAACUUCUUAUCUUAUUUUCUAAAGUUUAAAUAAAAUAUAACCGAAUUAUAGGUGGAACCUUUUAUUCUAAGUGCAAUGUAUGUGAAAAGAUUGAACUAUACGUCUCAGGCUCAUGGUAACUGUAAAUCUGUGAUAAGUUUUUGUCUAGCACAUUUAGUUCUUAUUUGUCUUAAGUUGAGCAGAUCUUUUUAGAUCUACAAUUCCAAAUAGUCAUUAUUUUACGCUACAAUAUUGUUUUGUAAUCAUGUCCGGGAUAGAUCGUAAAAUUGCGAAACUGCCCGAACAUUGCCGAUCGUCUGUGAAUCACUGUCGACCGUAUAAUUGCUUGAUGGGAUACUCUUAUAUAUAUUGCUGAGGCCAACUAGUGUUCUUCAAAGAAAAGAUUUCACUAUUUAACAAUUUUACAACAUAACCAAUCGAUGCCAUUACUGUGCCGAUCAGAGCAUAUUGUUUUUAAAAUGUUGUUUUUGCCUUGGGGUUUUAAUCCCUUUUGUACCUCUUGAUUAAAUAUUGUUUGUUCUUUUUUAAUUCUAAUUACUUUGCUUUCAUUUUUAUUUUAUACAUAUAUCAUAUUCGUUUAUGUUUUUAGAUGAAAUAUGGAGUUUUUCUGUAAAAAACCUCAACAGUUUUGAUAUUUUCACUGCAAACUAAGGAGUGAAACGACAACUUUAAGAACCAUUUUUAGUUACAUCCCCUUGAUCAAAACUGAACAUGACGCUUUUGAAACAGAAAAUGUUGCCAAAAAUAUUUUGAAAUUUAAAAAGGUUGCAUAAGUUUAAAUAAAGAUAAAUUUCGGAAAUUGACAAAAAACUGUUUGUUAGAAAAAUGGUAAUCCUGCAUGUUUUUCAAACGUUUUUUUUUACUUAAAAGCUUAAUGUUCGAACAUUUGCUUUCAUACAAAACAAAUUACAGACGAAAACAACUUCUAGAACAUAAAUACUAUGUUAUAUCACCAUUCAAAUAUCUUUUUAAACUGAUUGUUGUUGUUAAACGUAAUUUGAAAAUUCAUAUAACAUUAAAUAGAUUAACUGAUUAUUUUUUACCCCGCACACGCUUCGUAAUUUGUCAACAACCUUGCAUGGUCUUCACUCUUUACCUGGAAAACGACCUGUCUUCAAGCGAAACAGAUUGACCGUUGACAGUGAGGGAUGACUUGUUACCAUGUAUCAUGAAACAUCCUCUAAAACUAAGAAAACUGUUUUAUUUAAUGAAUAUCCGAAAUUGUUUUGCUAACACGUCGACCUUAAAUGUCCAUUCAAUAAAUGGCGGUGCUGUAAUUCGGUCGUGUAUUCAUGCCCUGUUUAAUUUAAAAGUGCUUUUAAGUUUUCACUGUUAUUAUUUGUAAGAAAGAUGCAUUACUAAAAAAAGUUCAUUGUUUAAUGCUCAUAAAAAAUCCACUAAGAAACGAGCAAAUAAAAAUAAACCUUCGGAGGACUUUUUCUCCAUGAACAAAAAAGUUGACAGCUACGUCAUCAGCUAUAAUUUUGCGUGAGGGGGUAUUUAGAAAAAUCAAAUUUAAAUACUAAUUAAAACUUAAGAUCGCAUUUAAUUUCAUCCUUUAUCUUAGAAAAACAUAUGACACUCGUGAAGUAAAAUACGAUCUUACACUGAUAUUAACAAAUAUCCUCUAUAUAUUAUCAAAAUAUUGCAUUGCUAUUGGGUGUUUACGCCCACUUAAUGUAGGAUUACCUUGAUGAAAUAUGUAUAUUACUGCGUAGAUGAAGGAUUAGCAUGCUGAAAUAUGCUGACUCCCACGUAAUGUAGGAUUGCUGUGCUUCUGGACACCAAACAAAUGAAAAACGUUCACUGAGUUUUAAAUUUCUGUUUAUCGAAAUACGUUUUUGGUAUCUUCGAUCUGUAUGAAUACCUGUACUUUGUAUUGUACUAGAUUUAACUAGAUUAAAUUUUGUUGUGAUUUGACACAUUCGUUAAGCACUAAGUUCUGUAAACUUCUGCUUUUUUCAAGUUUGCUAUUUAAAUUUAUUCACUUUUUCGACAAGUUAGAUUGUUAAAGGUUUGAGUUUAAAGCAGAAUGAAACACACAAGAUAACAAUGUUAUGAUAUUUGUUAGCUGGAUAUUAUUGACGAUGUUUUUCCGACAAAGUAAUUAUUGGUUAGCUAAUUGUGCUUUGAUACCUUUGAUCGUCUUUAUGCGUUUCUUACUUCUUUACAUGUGUUUUAAGUUAAUACUCAUUUUGACUUGUUCGAUUUGUCGUUCCACUGCUGAUAUGUAUGUGCAUGCAUGUACAGAGAUGUUGUCAGGGUUUAAGACACGAUGAUUGCAAUGCUGGCAUAUAUUUAACCUUUGUAAGCUACCGAGUUGUAGGUAAUGUUCACCAUAGUUCUGUUUAUUGUAUAAGUUUUGUUGCCGCUUGGUAUUUAACUACACUUCCACCUUUUAUUAAAGCAAACAACAAUUUGAUUUUAAAGUCGAUAAGCAAAUCUCGUAUCGUUUGUGUUAGAAAUCCGUAUUUUUGUUUAAAUAUUUUUACAGAAUGCAUGCUGUUUCUGCAAAGAAUGACCAAUGUAUUUCUAGUGUUGAUUAGUUGAAAAUGCCAUUUCGAUUUUGCUUCUAUAUAAAGGUAUUAAAAUAAAAAAAUAAAUAAUGGAAAACGCUAAUUUAACUGUACACAAUUCAGAAAAUCUGUUUUCAACAUUAUAAUUAAGGUUAUAAGAAAUAAUUAUAGUACUUUUUUAAUCACACUUGGGGUAGUAAAGAUUGGGUGUACAUACGUUUCAUUUCUGUUCUCAAAGCAGGGUAUUUUAUUUUAGAUAUGGCCUACGAAGCUUGGUGCAGUUGAGAAGUGUACAUACAUAACCCUAUUUAAGCCUAGACUGUAUUUUAAUGGUUUGUAAAUAUAAUGUUAAAAGCAAUGCCUGAUGACCUUGUUAAAGGUUUGCGUGAUAUUUUUAUUGUUUAAUAAUAAAUUAAGUAAUAGAUAUUUAAUAAAUGUGAUUAAAAAGAA